AUGGUUUUCUCUCAUUUUGAUAUAAUAAAACACAUGUUAUCCAAGCCUAUUUUGCACAGUCGAAUUGGUAAAUGGUCUUUAGCCUUAACCGAAUAUUCGCUCACGUAUGCCCCCUUGAAAGCAAUUAAGGGGCAAGCAGUAGCUGAUUUCUUAGCAGAUCAUACUUUGCCUAAAGAAAUAAAUUAUGUAGGAUUACAGCCUUGGAAGUUGUUUUUCGAUGGCUCAAGCCAUAAGGAAGGAUCGGGAAUUGGAAUGUUUAUAGUAUCCCCACAAGGCAUCCCAACCAAAUUCGUGUUUCGAAUUCAAGAAAGUUGUUCUAAUAACGAAACUGAAUAUGAAGCCUUAGUCUCUGUCCUCGAGAUACUGUUGGCCUUGGAGGCAAAAAACGUCGAAAUUAAAGGCGAUUCAGAAUUGGUAGUAAAACAGCUUACCAAAGAGUAUAAAUGCGUUAGUGAAAACUUGGCAAAAUAUUACGUGAAAGCUAUGGGUUUACUAGCCAAUUUCGACCAAGCAGGAGUCAGCUACGCACCUAGGGUGAGCAAUCAAGAGGCCAAUGAGUUAGCACAAAUCGCUUCUGGGUACAUGGUAGAUAAGAAGAAGUUGAAGGAAUUGAUCAAGAUCAAGGAAAAACUGAGUCCUUUGGAUCUCGACAUUAUGGCUAUCGACAGCCUCACGCUUGGUGAUUGGAGGAAACCAAUUGUCGAGUAUUUGCAAAACCCCGUAGGAUCAACCGACAGAAAAAUUAAGUACAGGGCUCUAAAUUACACCAUCAUAGGCAAUGAAUUGUUUAAGAAGAAUGUCGAUGGAACAUUGCUAAAAUGCUUAAGCGAGGAUGAUGCGUUUGUAGCCAUUUCUGCUGUGCAUGAUGGUUUAUGUGGGGCACACCAAGCGGGAGCAAAAAUGAAAUGGAUUCUUUUCAGACAAGGAAUGUACUGGCCAACUAUCAUGAAGGACUGCAACGAAUAUGCAAAAGGUUAUCAGGAUUGCCAGAAGCACUCAGGAAUCCAACACGUGCUAGCUAGUGAAUUACACUCCAUUAUCAAGCCAUGGCCAUUUAGGGGUUGGGCUAUAGAUAUAAUUGGCAAGAUACAUCCUGCCUCAUCGAGGCAGCACAAGUAUAUAAUUGUGGCAAUAGAUUAUUUUACCAAAUGGGUCGAAGCCAUUCCACUGCAAAAUGUGACUCAGGAAACAGUAAUCGAAUUCAUACAAAAUCACAUUGUGUAUCGAUUUGGGUUGCUUGAAUCGCUUACAACGGACCAAGGGACGGUGUUCGUAGGACGAAAAGUAGCAGCUUUUGCAGAAUCUUGGGGCAUAAAGCUUUUAACCUCGACUUCCUACUACGCACAAGCAAACGGUCAAGUGGAGGCUGCCAACAAGACCUUGAUCAGCUUGAUCAAAAACCAUGUAGGUCGAAAACCGAAAAGUUGGCAUGAGUCUUUAAGCCAAGUCCAAUGGGCCUACAAGAAUUCACCAAAAGAAGCUACGGGAGCAACACCUUUUCGACUAGCGUACGACCAAGAAGCAGUGUUACCGGCAGAAGUAUACUUGCAAUCAUGUAGGAUUCAAAGACAGGAAGAGAUUCCUAGUGAAGACUACUGGAACAUGAUGCUUGACGAACUGGUGAAUCUCGACGAAGAAAGAAUCUUAGCAUUAGACGUUUUGAUCAGACAAAAAGGAUCGCAUAGCCAAAGCCUACAAUAA